AUGUCGAGACCAGCAAUACGUCCAAAGGCCGUCCCAUCCGACUACUACCCUUCUUCUAGGUCUUUAUACCCAACAUUCCUGUCUCUUUCAGACACCCUCAAGCUACAAUCGCUGCAUGCAUGGAAAGGUUUGGUGGCGGCUUUCAGAUGGGACAUCGUCGUCACGACUGUAAGAAGCGACCCUGAGAUCCGUUCUAAUGUCUUGAAAUCUCUUCUUCUUAAUACCGUUUCCUUGACUUCAAUAUACAUGUUCGACCUGCUCCUUCAUCCUCUCUUACGCGACCAUCCAAGCUGGCUACAUCGCAAUGUUGGGUGGUUCUACCAGAUUCUUUGGCUGCUUCCGGUAGUGGGUGCAUCGUUAUAUCUAAAUGGCUCGUGGUGCAAUCUCAUUGCAAAGCGCACUCUUGUUCUUCAGCACGGAACUCGUGCCGCGCAGCAGCAGCCCGUCUCGUACAAUGGCCUGCUUAACACGCUGGCCACCUCCGCGUACCGAGCAGUAAUGGUCUUUACCUCUGUCGUCGUAUCGUUUGCUAUUGGAUCCGUGCCAUAUCUCGGACAGUUUGCAAGUUUCGCAUUCAUGUGUUGGGUCGACGCUUAUUAUUGCUUCGAAUUUAUUUGGGUUGCCCGUGGGUUAUCGCUCUCACGACGAGUGCGACAUCUCGAAGAACGAUGGGCUUUCUAUUUUGCGUUUGGCCUCCCCUCCGCCGCAAUCUGUACAUGGGGCAGCGGACUAGCCAACGCGGCGCUUUUCGCCCUCAUGUUUCCCGCUUUCAUCAUCAUGGCCAUGCAUGCCCGUCCAGUGCCACAAGAUCCCUACAACCCAACGUCAGCCGCGCGCGACUCGCCUGACGCGACACGCUACCCGUCACCACUCGUUCCCAUCCGCAUUCCUAUCUUUUCAGUAGUUAUAUGGCUCAACGAUCUGAUCGUGAGAGUUCUGAGCGUGGGUGGGGGAAGCGGUGCGAAGGCUGCAAAGGGCCAUAGGAGUGCCUUGAGUGAUGGAGCCGAACAAGCGGAGGAGGGUGCAGGGAUCGAGCUAAGUCCAGUCAAGGAGACUAUAAGAGCUCCCACCGCUCCCAAGCGAUCUACAACGGCUACUAGGUAUGAUACCCGGAGUGUUAGUAGUAGUGCUACACGGGCAUUAAACAAUGCACGACGGAAAUUGGAUUAGGAAGGUCCAUCGCCAAGGAUGACGGAUUGACUCUGCACAUGUUUCUUAACUCUAUCUCAACUCUAUCAUACAGCUUUCACUUGUUCAGUAACCCCUCCUUUUGAUUAAUGGAUGGAUAACGUGUAUAUUUAUUUAGGUUUUAUGAUAUCUCUGGUUCGUGUGUAGCGGUGGUGUUCCCCCGAGCCCGAGCCCGAACGUGAGCCCGAGACAGCUGUCGCCCGAGGGUACAAUGAAACUACACGCGGUAGUGCCAAGGCCCGCAAUCUCCCAUCCGCCGAGAAAAGAAUGAGAAGGCCCAUCAGAAAGGAUGACAGCUUUUUCUCAAAUAGAAGUAGUAAAAGCAGUACCACUCAACCGAAGCCUGCCCACUCGAUAGAGAAAAACUCUACUUCUUUCUUUUCGUCAUCCCAUUGACACAACAGGUGUGCCUUUUUAGUACCAGUCCCGAGUCGACCGUGAGCGACUAUUUCCAUGGGACGGAGGACAGCAGUUGAGGAUUCUAUGACUGUUGCGACGAAGUGUGAAUGAUAUCGCAGUGGGUCACCGAUAAACCAAGAAAUCACCGCCGAAUUUAAUCCCCCC